GCCGCAGCAUCUGCCCAGUCAGCCCCGCACAGCCGCGGGGAUUUACCGCAGUGCAUCUGCAGCGAGCAUCCUCCGCACGGAGCCACGGAGGAGCCGCUGUGGCGCAGGAGGACCGCCGCGGACCGAGCGCAGGACUAGCGCACGUCUUUUUCACGUUUCCUCUUCAGUCACUUGAAGCGCGUGGCUCCCGUCCUCACGCACCUUUUUACCUGCAAUGCCAACGCGAGGGACGCAUCUCUUCUCCGGGGUCGUUAGAUAGGUGAGCUUACCAGUGUUUCCACCGGCAUCACAGGGGAGGAUAUCUGGGUUGUCUGUGCUUCGAGGAGGCCUCACAUCCAGGACUGUGAUUUCUCAAUUUAUUUUUUGUGCACCAUUGCCUGCAAGAGGUAGCAAUUCAAUCCCCGUGGAGCAUGCAUGUUAUAUAAGUAUGUGCACUGGCAUGUUGUAAUGACUGCAUUGUAGACGUGCAGGCCAGUGUUUUUGCUGUGUUGCACGUUAUAUAAACACAAUCCAGCUCGUGUUUAGCUUGUCAACAUAGAGGGAGAGCAGAGCAAUGUGGCCCCUGCAGGCAGAUGUAACGAUCCCUCUGUGCAGCUCCCAUUAGGACCUCAGGGAAGCACAUAAUCAAAUCUCAGGGUGUUGAUCUGGGGAGCACUGAGGGCCACCAGCUUCCAGAGAUCCAGUCUAGUGAUGCUGCUGGAGGAUUGAGAGCCGAGAAAUACAAGCGCACAGGCUUUCAAAUUUUCCCCCAUUGUGGGAAUAAUGGAUCAUUGUCUUAUCUGAUCUCAUCUUGACUUGAAUGCAUGAGUCCAGUGGGGGCACAUUUAUUUUCUGUAAUCAGGACGCAGCAAUAAUCUGUGGUAGUAAUAUUCUGUUCACAUCACAAACACGUUUACGAGGGCGUAGCCUGGGGAAGGACACGUUUAUUCUUUUGCACUUAACAAUGCAUGAGCUGCCAGGCACAUACAAGUGAGGCUAGCCUGCACUUUACUGGCCUACAGCUUUUUGAAAUUUACAGAUAAGCUCCAAAAUAUAGUUGAAGUUUCAGUCCUUGCAAACGUGGAGGUGCUCUGUGUAUAGGUGUCAUUUAAAGCUUCAACAACAAUCCUCUGGAGCGUCAGUGGUUGUAGUUUUUGAGGAUCCUCGUCCAGCGAGAACAACACGGGCCGCUCCUCCAGUGCCAUGGCAGCAUCACAGCUCCUGCUCCUCUCUCUGCUCUGCACGCUGUUCGUGCACCAGUGUCAUGCGGCCUGCGCAGAGGUGGACUCGGACACCGAGGCAGUGGCAGGCAAGGGCUUCAAGCUGGGCUGCGUCUCCUGCAAGCUGAGGAGCGAGGUGGAGAGUACUUGCGUUAUCGAAUGGUUCUUCAGACCCAAAGGAGAAGUGGAUUUUGUUCACAUCUACACCUACAGCAGCGGGGUCGCCUCCAUCGAGAACGAAGAGUUCAUCGAUCGCGUGGAUUGGAACGGCAGCAGAAUGAGCAACGACAUCCAGGAUGGAUCCAUAUACGUGCUCAACAUCACCUUCAACGACACGGGGACCUACCGCUGCUAUUUCAACCGCGUCCUCAUCUACCCAAACCACGAGUACAUCAAUAUCGUCAGCAAACUGGUCCACCUCAAUGUGGUGGCUAAAGCGACCAGAGGAACAGCUUCCAUCGUGUCAGAGGUCAUGAUGUACGUGACCAUCAUCGGGCUGCAGGUCUGGCUCCUCAUAGAGAUGAUAUACUGCUACAGAAAGAUCUCAGCGGCCGGGGAGGAGGCGCUACGAGAAGCAGCAAAUGCUGAAUAUUUAGCAAUAGCCACGGAAGGUAAAGAUAACUGUGCCGGGGUGCAGGUUGGAGAAUAGCACAGGCCUCUUCCAGACAUGAAAACAUCCGUCCACCCUCCGACCUGCAUGAAGACAAACGGGGGAGAAGCCUCCUCCUCAUCGCAUCGCUCUAUUUUACCUUUUUCCUCUUCACACAUCUCAAGCGGAUGUGACAUUACAAGGGGAGCAUGGUACCAGCACUGUAAAUAGUCUUCUGCACGCAAUAGCAUGUCCUGCACUUAAGAGAACCAUUAUGCAUUAAUGAGCCACACUGUUAAAAAAGCAUAUACGACACACUCAGUAUUUCUUAAAUCAUAUGUAGUCAUCCAUUCAUAGGAAAUGUACGUGGGUCUAUGUUGGACUCCGUGGGGUGGAUUGUAAACGAAAGGUUUUUACGAUAUCAUCACCACCUGAUGUUUAAAUAACGAGACUACGUCCGGUGAUGUUAUUUAUAAAAUAGAACGUGGUGGAUUAUGAUAGACGGUCUUUCCAGUUGUAAGUUGUACAAUGAUCCCUUGAGAUGUGCUAAUAAAAUCUGAGAAAACA